AGCCGCGGUGCAUGCUGGGAUAACAGGCGGUGGAGGUCAGAGGAGAUCCAAAAUGUCGGCUGGAAGUCUCGCGUCCUUGAGCCGCUGUGGUGUUUCGGCGCUGCGCUCCCCCGCAGGACUGGUGGCGGUGCGGUAUGCCCAAACAGCAGCGGCUCCAGCAGCUCAACCCAGGAUAAAGAAGUUUCAGGUGUACAGAUGGGACCCAGACACUCCAGGAGACAAACCCCGCAUGCAGACCUAUGACAUCGACCUCAACACUUGUGGCCCGAUGGUUCUUGAUGCCCUGAUCAAGAUCAAAAAUGAGAUGGACUCCACUCUGACCUUCCGCCGCUCCUGCAGAGAAGGUAUUUGUGGAUCCUGUGCAAUGAACAUUAAUGGAGGAAACACUCUUGCAUGCCUCAACAAGAUCGACACCAACAUCAGCAAGCCGUCUAAGAUUUACCCUCUACCACAUAUGUAUGUGGUCAAGGACCUGGUACCUGACAUGAGUAACUUCUAUGCACAGUACAAGUCUAUUGAGCCCUACCUGAAGAAGAAGGAUGGCACAAAGGAAGGGAAGGAGCAGUACCUGCAGACUGUGGAGGACAGACAGAAACUGGACGGGCUGUACGAAUGUAUCCUGUGCGCCUGCUGCAGUACGAGCUGCCCCAGCUACUGGUGGAACGGAGACAAAUACCUCGGGCCUGCUGUGCUGAUGCAGGCGUAUCGUUGGAUGAUCGACUCACGAGACGAAUUCACAGAGGAGCGUCUGUCCAAGCUGCAGGAUCCGUUCUCCCUCUACCGCUGCCACACUAUCAUGAACUGCACUAAGACCUGUCCCAAGGGCCUGAACCCGGGAAAAGCGAUAGCUGAGAUCAAGAAGAUGAUGGCCACGUACAAGGAGAAGAAAGCGGCUGCUGUCUGAAACCUCCGUUGUCCUCUUGUAGAACACUCCUCACCCUGAUAAUAUUAUAUAUUGAUUUAUAAAAAUGCUUUUUGAAGUCUGAAGGGCCAGUGCACCAGUCGGCUCCACCACAACCAUACAGUGCAGCCUGCAGUCAACUGUAAUGAAAAUGUGUGUGUGGUUGAUGGACUUGGUGUUAAACGCACAUGUACAGUAUGAAUGCAAGGGAGAGUGUGUGUGUCUGAGUCUUAAAUGUACCAUAAAGAGGAAUCUAUCGUCGGCGCUACUGUGUCUGUGUUUGUGCAAAUGGGAGACGCAUAUUAAAGUUAAAACAUUUAUACAUUUAGCUUUUUUUGCUUUUCCAGGUUAGCAGUUGUUUCAAAGACAUACUUUGUAUAUUUUCCUUCAGAUCUUCCAACAUACCAACAGCAGUCUUUGUUUUGAUUGAAAAUAAAUAGUUGAAUGCAUCCAGCUGCUUUCCUUUG